AAUGUGUUAAUUGAGAUAAUUUAGGGGUUAAAAAAUAAUUUUCUUAUUUGAGUUGCGUUCAUUGGAGCUAAUGUGCAAAGGCUCCUUUAUUACGUAAUCAAUCGUUUUUGCGCGAAGAAGCAGAGUUUGUUUCUCUGGUGGUGAUUUCCAGAGCUGAGAAGCAGUUCUGUUUGUGUAAUUUGAUGAAAUUGGAGCACAAUGGCAACCUCUUCAGGAAAAGGAGCCUCUGCAAAUGGGUCUGUCUAUGUUUGUAAUUUGCCUCAGGGGACUGAUGAGAAUAUGUUGGCUGAAUAUUUUGGUACCAUUGGGUUGCUAAAGAAAGACAAGCGAACGGGUGGACCUAAGAUAUGGUUUUACCGCGACAAAAUAACAAAUGAGCCAAAGGGGGAUGCUACGGUUACAUAUGAGGAUCCACAUGCUGCUCAAGCUGCUGUUGAAUGGUUCAACAACAAGGAUUUUCAUGGUAAUAUAAUUGGAGUUUUUAUGGCAGAGUCCAAAAGCAAAGAUGACCACACAUAUAACUCUGGGCCUGAUCCAAAUGUUAGUGGUGAUUUUGGUGGGUUGGAAGAAAGUGCUAGGGGUAUGAAUGGUGUUGGUGUUGGAAGAGGUAGAGGCAUGGGUGAGGCUGCUGGGAAAGCAUGGCAACAGGAGGGAGACUGGUUGUGUCCAAAUACAAGUUGUUCCAAUGUAAAUUUUGCAUUCCGAGGUGUGUGCAACCGAUGUGGAAGUGCUCGACCUUCUGGUGCCUCUGGUGGGAGCUCGGGAGCUGGUGGACGUGGGAGGGGUCGUAGUGCCCAUAACUCUGGGGCCCACAGUAGGUCUGCCACUGGUUCUACAGGUCUUUUUGGUCCUAAUGACUGGCCUUGUCCAAUGUGUGGAAAUAUCAACUGGGCAAAACGUUCAAAGUGCAAUAUUUGCAACACCAAUAAACCUGGUCAAAGUGAGGGCGGUGUUAGAGGAGGGCGAGGUGGUGGUUACAAAGAACUUGAUGAAGAAGAAAUAGAGGAAACUAGGCGACGGCGGAAGGAAGUGGAAGAAGAUGAUGGUGAGUUAUAUGAUGAGUUUGGCAAUCUGAAGAAAAAGUUUCGUGCCAAAACCCAACAAGCUGAAUCUGGAAGGUUACCUCCGGGUGCUGGGCGUGCAGGAUGGGAGGUUGAGGAACUAGGUUCAGUUGACAGAGAUGGGAGGGAGAGAAGCAGAGAGAGAGGGAGGGAGAGGGAUGACAAAGAAAGCAGCAAGUACAGAGAACACAGUGGUAGGGAUAGGCACAGAAGUCGAAGUAGGGAGAGGGAUAGAGGAAAAGAUCGAGACUGGGAUUAUGAUUGUGAUCAAGAUAGAGAACAUGGCCGCGACAGGGACCGAGACCGUGAAAGGAACAGGGACAGGUAUCGUCAUUGAGGAUAGUUGCAAGGGUUCUGGGCUUUUGUUUGGAGUUGUUCUGCAUAUUGAACUUUUUUUGUUUUUGGUGGGAAGGAUGCUACUUGAUUUUAAACUGUUGGCGUAGCUGUCAUUUUUGUGUAGUCUAAGAUCCAAACAUUUGCACGGCAGUGCAACUUCAAUGAGUUAUUUCUUGAUCAUUUAGGACUCGGCAAUGGAUUAUUAAGGCAGUGUUAAUUGACCAUUUUGAAUUA